GUGUUGUCCGACAACAUGACCGCAACCGGGUUGAGCCGGUUGCCCGCCUUCGAUCCGUCAGUGCCGCCUCUCGGGAAUGAAACCGAACUGUCGGACGAAUUUCGCGAGGUGCGGAUCAGUCUGAUCAUCGUGCUCGGCUGCAUUUUUGCCGUGAUGACGACAGCCGGAAAUUUCAUGGUGAUGCUGUCCUUCAAAAUUGACCGACAACUCCAGACGAUCAGCAACUAUUUCCUUUUCAGCCUGGCGGUGGCUGAUAUUACGAUAGGAAUUAUCUCAAUUCCGAUGUACACCUACUACCGGGCGAACGGCGACUGGGAGCUGGGGAGAACGACGAAGAAGGCGCUGACGAUGAUCGCGUGUACCUAUAUAAUUUCUCUGAUCCUGUGGCCGCCCUGGAUCAUCAGCUGGCCUUAUAUUGAAGGAAAAUUCACGGUCGCCCCGGAGACGUGCGUCGUGCAGUUUCUCGAGACGAAUCCGUAUGUUACGGCAGUGGCUGUCGUGGACGAUCAGACGAGCGUCACCUCUUCUUUUUACCUGAAAAGAAAGGGCAGCGCCCCGCACAGUACGGUGGUUGAGGACAGCACCUCCCUGGGCACCGGAUCGCCACGGAAUGGAAGCCGAUACCGUACGCGAAACCAGCAGCCUGAUCGACCACAGGUCGACACGUAUACCGUACUCAUCGAGCUGAAGGACGAGGGGACGAGGCCGAGCGUCCGGCUCUCAAGUUGCGAUUCUGGGGCUUAUGACGAAAUCUCGUGCACCCGGAACUCCUCACAUCGAGGAAGGUCCCGCAGCGAAGUCGAGGCGACGAUGUGCGAGGAGAAGAAGCUGGCCUCGAUAAAAGAAUCCCCAGUCCCGGCCCGCAACGGCAAGUCCACGCUCAGCUCGAAGACCAAGGAACAGGAGCAGCGGAAGAGCGAGAAGGAACGCAAGAAGAACGAGCGAAAGCAGGAGAGCAAGGCCGCCAAGACGCUGUCGGCCAUCUUGUUCGCCUUCAUCGUCACCUGGACGCCCUAUAAUGUAAUCGUCUGCUGGGAGGCCUUCUACCCGCGGACCGUGCCGAGUAUACUGUAUGAUUUUGCAUAUUGCCUCUGCUACAUCAACUCCACGAUCAACCCAUUGUGCUACGCGCUGUGUAAUGCCCGUUUCCGGCACACCUAUAUGCGAAUUUUGCGGUGCCGCUUCGGCCACGACCGCCCCCAGCAUAUGAACCAGGCCUACGUGAGGAGGACC